AUGGUGUACGUAAAAGAAGAUGGAACAGUCGUGGAUAGAAGAGAUUUCAGCAUUUUUGGAUGGUUUUGGGGAAUCGUAAAUUUCUUUUAUCUGCUUUUUCAGACACUCAUAAAUCCUAACUUCAACAAACAUGGUGACAAGUAUGUAAGAGACUUCCGACCCCCUGGCAGUGGGCCUCCAAAACCUCCAUCAAGGAAAUUUGGCGGUUUUGGACCUUCGGGUUCUGGUCCCGCCCCACCACCAAUGGGAGGUGGAUGUGGUUGUGGAUGA